AUGGUGAGCUACUUCCAGGAGAUUACAGACAUUGAAAACUCUGUGGAGUGCAGUCCUACUCUGAAACUCGUAGGGUUGCCACGAAUAAGAAUCCACUCAACUGGCAAUGCAUUACCUACGUCCUUGCCAAAUGACACCCAGUUUUACCCACUCUUCCUACUGUUGGGAAUCCCAGGGCUGGAAAAUAUCCAUAUCUGGAUCAGCUUUCCCUUUUGUGCUGUGUAUUUGAUUGCACUCAUUGGAAACUUCACUAUCUUAUUUGUGAUCCAGACUGAGCACAGCCUCCACCAGCUUAUGUUCUACUUUCUUGCUAUGCUGGCUACCAUUGACCUGGGCCUGUCCACAGCCACCAUCCCAAGGAUGCUAGGCAUAUUCUGGUUCAGCCUCAAGGAGAUACUUUUUGAUGCCUGCCUCACUCAGAUGUUUUUCAUCCACAUCUUUACUGGUAUGGAGUCUGUAGUCCUCCUUGCCAUGGCUUAUGACCGCUAUGUAGCUAUUUAUAACCCUCUUCGCUAUAGCAAUCUUACUAACAAGAUAGUAUCUCUCAUUGGUUUUGGAGUAAAUGGGAGAUCUUUCCUCUGUGUAUUCCCCUUUGUAUUUCUCAUCUUGAGAUUGCCCUUCUAUGGGCACCAUGUCAUCCUCCACACCUACUGUGAGCACGUGGGUCUUCCUUGCAUGGCCUGUUCCAGUAUCACAGUCAACAUUAUAUAUGGAUUGGCAACCAUUGCUAUCUUGGGGUUUGACAUCAUGGCCAUUGCCCUCUCCUAUGUCCAGAGUCUCCGUGCUGUUUUCUGUCUUCCCUCCCAUGAGGCCAGGCUGAAGUCUCUCAGUACCUGUGGUUCUCACGUCUGCAUAAUUUUGGCCUUUUAGACUCCAGCCCUCUUCUCUUUUAUGACUCACCGCUUUGGCCGAAGUGUUCCCAGUUAUAUCCACAUCCUUCUGGCCAAUCUGUAUGUAGUCAUUCCACCUAUGCUCAACCCUGUCAUUUAUGGAGUCAGGACUAAGCAGAUCUGUGAAAAAAUGCUUAGAAUAUUUGUCCAGAAAUAAGGAAUGGAAAAAGAACUCCAGUUUUUGUCUAGAAAAUUAAGUGCAAAUACAUGUAAGUCUGAAGAAUGAGGAGAGGACUUUGAAAGGAUAAAUGAAAUGAGGACAUAAUUGAUUAACGGGAAGGAUGUCGUUUUGUGCAUUUCAUUCAUUCAGUUGGUGAGACUAGAAGCUUUGGAGUCUAAGUCAAGGUGGAGCAACCAGUGAAUAUGAUUAUUUUGAAAAUGAACAUGAACUAUAUUCAUAAGGCCCAAGGAGCUGAGCUUUGCCUCUUUCCCUUUU